ACUAUUACUACACUUACAAAGCGCAAGACCUGUAAAAGGCAGUAUGUAUCUAACCUAGUUACUAAAAAGGAGGGUAGUAGUUAUAAGGAGGGCAAGACGCCUGCAAAGAGGGUGCGCGCAGAGAGGCGCUGCGGCCAUUGUAGCAAAAUUAGGCAUAACUCCUACACCUGUAAGGUAGAAAUUAAGGAUGUAGAUAAUAGGAACACUUCUAAAUAA